UCAGCUUCUCCUUUCUUUUCUCAACAACUUAUCUCCCUGAAGUAUUUAUUUUGAAUUUCGUCGUAUAAUUAUAAUGUUUCUUUCUUCCAAGUAUUUAUUUAAAUUUAUUGUGUAAUUAUAAAGUUUUUCUCUUCUUCAAAUCAGCUUCUUCCUUCUUUUCUUUUAUCAUGGCGGAGUCAACUGUACUGCAAUUUUCUCCUUUUCAAAGCCACGUCGAAGAAGGAUUUUGGAAGAGAUUGUCAUCUCUCAAACUGAAUACUCUUGGUCUGGAUGAAACCCCUGUUAAAAUCACAGGUUUUUAUGGACCAUGUUCUCAUGCUCAAGUUUCAAGCCAUUUGUAUCUACUCGAUGAAUCCCUACCAGCAAAUUUAGCGGAAGAGUCCUCAUCAUCAGAAAUGGUUCUAGGGAAUAGGAAUCGCUGUCCUAUACCUGGGACCCUCUAUAACACAAAUACACUGGAGAGCUUCCGUGGCCUUGAUAAGCAAAGCUUGAUAAGAAAAGAAGCAAAGAAGAUAUGGGAGGAGAUUUGUUCUGGAAGAGUGGAAGCAGCCUGUGCAGUACUUUCUAGGUUUCUGGUGAUCUCAUAUGCUGAUUUGAAGAAGUGGACAUUUCAUUACUGGUUUGCAUUCCCUGCUUUAGUUCUCAAUCCUUCCGCCUUAGUCAGCAAGUUGCAACCAGCUUCAGAAUGGUUCAAUCUAGAAGAGGGAAAAUCUCUGUCUGAAGCAUGCAAUGAGUGGCGCAAGUCAAGCUUAACUGCAGCAGUACCAUUCUUUUUGGUUAUUAUAACCGCCGAUUCACAUGUCACUCUCAGGCCAUUGAAAGAUUGGGAAACUUGCCAGCGUGAUGGACAUAAGUUGUUAUUUGGUUUUUAUGACCCAUGCCAUCUUCCAAGCAACCCUGGUUGGCCUCUUCGCAAUUUCCUUGCCUUUAUCUGUUCAAGAUGCAAGAUUGAAAAGAUUCAAUUUUUAUGCUAUCGAGAGAGACAUGGUUUAGCAGAUUUGACACACUCCCUUGUUGGUGAAGCUUUGGUUUCAAUCUCACAAGAGUGGAAGAAUCCUCAAUUUAUUCCUGAGGCAGUGGGUUGGGAGAGAAAUGGAUCAAAGUUGGCACCAAGACGCAUUGAUCUUGCUACUUCCAUGGACCCGAUUAGGUUAGCCAUGUCUGCAGCAGAUUUGAAUUUGAAACUCAUGAGAUGGAGAGCUUUGCCAUCUCUGAACUUAGACAAACUCUCAGCUACCAAGUGUCUUCUCUUGGGAGCUGGUACCCUAGGAUGCCAAGUAGCACGCAUGCUUAUGGCUUGGGGUAUCAAAAAAAUCACGCUGGUUGAUAAUGGACGAGUUUCUAUGUCGAAUCCAUUGAGGCAGUCUCUUUAUACUUUGGAGGAUUGCCUCAAUGGUGGUGAUUGGAAGGCUGAUGCAGCAGUGAGAAGCCUAAAGAGUAUAUUUCCUGGUGUGGAGGCAGAAGGUUUCACUUUUGCCAUCCCAAUGCCAGGGCAUCCUGUGCAAGCCAAAGAGACAGCCGGUGUGCUUGAGGAUUGUAGACGCCUUCAAAAUCUGAUUUCUUCCCAUGAUGUUAUAUUUCUUUUGACCGAUACCAGAGAGAGUCGUUGGCUUCCAACACUUCUGUGUACAAAUGCUAACAAGCUUGCCAUCACUGCUGCACUGGGAUUUGACAGCUAUGUUGUCAUGCGCCAUGGGGCUGGUGUAUCGGCAGACGAUAAAGAUGCUUCAUUUUCUGUCUGCUCUUCUGGGAUUGAGGGUCAUGAAAGCAGGCGACUUGGCUGUUACUUUUGCAAUGAUGUUGUUGCUCCAAAUGACUCGACUUCAAACCGCACAUUAGAUCAGCAAUGCACUGUAACCCGACCAGGGCUUGCUCCCAUCGCUUCUGCUCUUGCGGUGGAACUCAUGAUAGGAAUCUUACACCAUCCAGAGGGGAUGAAUGCUCCAGGAGAGAUGGCGAGUUCCAUUUCAGAAAGUAGUUCUCAACCACUUGGUAUUUUGCCCCAUCAAAUACGAGGCUCUCUUUCUCAGUUUUCCCAGAUGGUACUUGUUGGAAGCUCAUUCAAUCGAUGUACAGCGUGCUCCAACUUAGUGGUGUCAGAGUACAGGAGAAGGGAACUGGAGUUUGUCAUCCAAGCGUUAAACCACCCUAAUUAUCUCGAGGAUCUCACAGGCUUAACUGAGUUGAUGGAUAAGGCAAGGUCUUUCAAUUUGGACUGGGAGGAGGAUGAUGAGACCGACAUCGAGACGGUGCUGUAGAGGCUUCAUAUGUUGCCCUCAUUCUUUUUUGAUCGUGAAAAAUCUAACCAUGCUAAUUGAAAUUCAGAAUUUAUCAAGGAAGAGGAAGCUCCAAGGUGACCAGUGUGGAUAGUCAGGAACAUUAGGGACAGGGCAUGUAUUUUGAAUCUGCUUGUUUUGAAUGGUGGCUACAAUGUGAGCAUGAGCUGCACGGCGAGAGAGAGAGAUGCAUGUACCAAGUUUCCUGUUCAGCAAUGUGAUGUGCGAACAUACUUUCUGUUAUGUGAAAAAUGCGCAUGUAACAUAUGUUUUCUUUCA